CAGGAUCCAAGUACAAAGGAAUACCUUCAAUUGGCUUUAGCCAGAGUCCUGGAAUUACAGCGAAAGAUCAAUGAAGGCACAUACGUUGCAGAAAUCGAUCAUGACAGCGGUGAUCCGGAUUCGUCAGGCAACGAUGAAGAUUUGAUGAAGGAAAUUUUUGCCAAAGUGUUUCAAGAUCUACCGGGAACGUCCGGCUCGCUCGCAAAAAUAAUCGACGGAGGAACGUAUCGGAGGAAUCCUCGCAUGGAUGCGAUAUACAGUAAGAGAAUACAGUUAUUAGGUUUUGAUACUUGUCGGAGAAUGGCCCUUGAGUUCAUGAAGAGCAUCGUGCAAGAAUCGCGAAACAGCUCCGCCUCAUUAUCAGAUACGGUUGAACCUGGUGAUUUGACGCUUCAACCAAAUGAAUCGUGUUUGAGAGAUAAAAUUGUAGCGAGUGAUUUGCGGAAACGAGAGUCGAGCGCGGAAACUCGAGCGAGAAUGUUGAGAAGUCUGGAUUUGCAUCUCGCCACUAAACAAAGAGAUUAUACAGCUAAAUUAAUGAAUUCGAGUAAACAGUAACUUCAUAAUUUUCUCUCUCUCUCUCUUUCUCUUUUAAAUGAAGAGAUGAAAGCCGAGAGAAAAUGUCUAAAUUAUGUUCCACAAAAUAAUACCUUAAUUAUAUAUACCGACAUUAAUGCAAUGUA